UCAAGCGGCAUCGGAGCCGCCGCCGCCCGUAUCUUCUCCAGACACGGCGCCAAGGUCCUCGUCGCCGACAUCAACCCGGCCGAAUCCGGCGACGCGAUUUCCUACAUCAGUUGCGACGUCACGAGCGAGUUCGACGUCCGAAACACCAUCGACGCGGCGGUGUCCGAGCACGGCAGGCUGGACAUCAUGUUCAGCAACGCCGGCAUCAUGGAGCACCAAGCCCCGGCGAUCUCGUCCUUCAACCGCGCCACGUACGACGGCGUUUUCGGGGUGAACGUGUACGGCGCGUUCCUGGCGGCGAAACACGCGGCGAGAGUGAUGGUCCCGGAGAUGAAAGGGUCGAUCGUUUUCACGGCGAGUAGCGUCACGCGCAGCCCAAUUUCCACCCCUACGCACGCUUACACUGCGUCGAAGCAUGCGGUGGUGGGCCUGACGAAGAACCUGGGCGUGGAGUUGUGCCUGCACGGGGUUCGGGUGAAUUGCGUCUCGCCGUUUGGGGUGGCGACUCCGCUGACGAUUGGCGAGUUCGGGCUGGACGGCGACGGUUACCUGGAGUAA